AUGGUCAUUACGAUGCAGCAGGUUUUUCGUCUGGCCAUUGAUCUUGAUCCUCUUUCAUGGCAGGGGGGCGGCAAUUUGGACGAUCCGUACUCGACGAUUGGCGACGUGCUGAAAGACGGGGCAGAAGUGGAGGUGGUCUUGAUGGAUGCGGUGGAAGUGGACGAUGUCGGUGCUCCCGUGGCUAGCGAGUGGUUUCUCAAGGCCUUCGGCUCCGGGGAGGCAACGAAGAGAAGGCUUAACGGCAUCCGUGCGCGAGAGGAGCACGAAGCCAAGCUGGCCAGCGACGAGGCCGCAGGGAUCGGUUCGCACGGCAUCAUGUUGGGCGGUUUCGACGUCACCGUCGAGGGGGUCGCCAUUUCGGGGCCCCUGGAAACCCCGGGCGAGAUCCGCGCAGCCAUGGAGCACGACUGGCGGUCGGCAGAUAUCGGCGGUGAGAGCUUGAGGAACCCGCGGCUUGCAAGCGUUGGGUGUUUGGUAUACAGGGGAAGCGGAGGGAGGAUGCCCGGGGGAUCGUCUCCAGCAAUGUCGUUCCAAGACUUCGCACACGGCUUGCACCGGUACGGCAUCAUGCCGUACGUCCGCGAUGCACAGGCGGGGGAUGCAAAGGGUGACGAGAGAAGGGAUCCCCCCAACCCCGUGAGGGCGGUAUUCCGCGACGCCAAGAGGGGACAUUGGCCCGGGGAUGUCACGGUCAGAAUGAGUCGUUUCGCUCUCUUGCGGCGUGGGCUGUUUCUCACCGCAUGGUUUCAUGAGGGAUCGUACCAAAGUGCUACCCUAUGA